AUGGGCGAACCGGUCCCAAAAUCACUGCCAGAUAUGGAUAACAAAUCACACACCACGAGAAGAGAGGCGAAAGUUAAGAAGACGGGCAACUCCCAAGAGACCAAGGACGGUAGGAUGGGAAGAGUCCUUGGGAAGACCCGACAAGGCGAUCCAAAUACGUCGGUGGCAGCGGCAAGCGGCACGAAGCCUGGGCCAGCUUGCUCAAAGGUAGCAAGGGAGGCUCCACUCCCGCUGGACUCAGAUGGGUCAGAGACGGAAGAGAUGGUGGAUGUCGACAACGUUUCAUCCACAGAUGACGAGUGGUCAUCUGCCGCGUCGGUGGACAAGUGCACCGGCAAGAGGAAAAAGAGAGGGUGGCCGCCCAAGACGGUCGAGGGCAUCAAGGCGCAGAAGAAGGCCGAGUGCAAGCGGGAGCUGAAGAAGCUCAAGGCCGAGAAAAAGGCGUUGGAGGAGGUGCUCAACCCCAGGAUGGCACCUCGGAGCAAGACGCCGGAGAGGGACAUCAUGCAUCAGAUGGAGGUGCUGUCCAAAGACCAGCUAGCUGCAGAGAUGCUAGGCAACAUCGACGUGGUCGUGAAGGUGGCCGAAAGGUCCUCCAACCUGAAGGGCACCUUCGUAAAAGAGCUCAAGGCCAGUGCGAACAAGCUGAGAGCCGCAGCCGUUGUGGUGAGCAGGAAGACGGCGAGCUCAACCAACGCGGCCCUCGAGGAGGAGACGGUGAGGCUAAGGGAGAGAGUGAGGAGCCUGGAGGAUCAGGUGGCUACACUCACGACUCUCCUCAGUAAGGAAAGAGAGGUAAAGGCCAGCAAGGAGAGGGCAAAGAUACCUGAGGAGGAUAUGGAGGUUGAGAUGCAGGAAGUGCACCUCCCCCGAGUCCAAGUCCAAGCCCAGAACACUGCGGACUUAGCCAAUCCAGUGCGAACCAGGGCACAGAAUAAGAAGGAGAAGGCGAAGACGGAGGGAGCAACGAUGGACCCCGUAUACCGCCCGGCCGUCAGAGGGGAGAGAAAGAGGUUGGAGGAGCCGUCGCCGGAGACAGCUAUGGAGGGCGUGAGAACGGUGAUGGAGGGGGUCUCCAUUAAGGAGAUAACUAAAGGGGACCCACAGGAGGUAAAGCGCAACCUGGAGCACUUAAUCGCAAGAUGCCAGGGAGCGCUAGUUAGAAUUCCGAGGGAAGAAAAACCGGGAAACACAAGAAGCUUGCCGAGUAUCACCAAAGUUGAGGUGGUAAAAAACAAGCUGAGACUGGAGGCUAAGGAGACGGCGGAGCGGAUCAUUCGAGACUCGCAAGCGCCAAGAGGGCAAACCCCCACUUCCCAAGACACCUCGUGGGUGGAGGUGGUGAAGAGGGGGGGCAAGAGGAAGCCGGGAACGAGGCCAGCGAACACGGAGGCUUCGUCAAAUGCCGGCAGAGGAGAGGGGAAACUGCGCUACGCGGACGUUGCGAGGGCCAAGCAGCCGAGCAGUCAACCUGCUAAGGCAGGGAAGGCAAGCCUGCAAAUCCCGGCUGGAGAAGGAGGUAAGCCGGAGGCCAAGAGACCACAGAAGGCUGUGGAGGAGACCAGGGUAAGCACCGCCCAGGGGGCCAAGGCAACGGCGAAGAAGAGAAGGAGGGCCCCAAGAUCAGAGGCGGUGUCCAUCACGUUCCCCGCGGGCGAGGGAGCUGAGGGCAUGAGGGAGAUCAGGGCCAGGAUCAACUUGGAGACGCUUGGCAUUGGUCCCCUAAAGCAGAGGAGAGGACUAACCGGGGCCCUGAUCUUCGAGGUGUCAGGGCCUGAGAGUGCGAAGAAGGCCGAUGCCCUGGCCAAUGAAAUGCGCGGGGCAGUGGCCGGCAAGGAGGGGGUGCGGAUCUCUCGACCGAAAAAGAUGGCGGAGAUCCGCAUCAAAGACGUGGACGAAUGCGGAGGGGAGGGCCACAAGGCACAGGCCUGCACGGCGGAGGUCAAGUGUCCGGUCUGCAGCGCCCGGGGCCUCCCUGCGCAACACAAGGCGGGAGGAGCAGCCUGUCCCCUGCCGACUAAGAAGACGGCGAAGAAAGGUAGGCGGACGGAGACCAUGGAACCGAGGGAAGGAAGACAGGCGGUCAAGGAGGCGACCAAAGGCACUCCCAUGGAAACCGAGCCCCUGUUGGACAUCCAAGGAGUCACCCCGGCAGUGGCAUCCAGAGCAGGAGAAGGCCAGGAGGAGGCUGCUGCGGCUUCGCCUUCACGCCUGGCAGAGCGUGGUUGCGGACUGGGCAUCGUCGCCGAGCCGUACCGCGUCCCCAAGAGCCCCCUCUGGGCGGGGAGCGCGGACGGCUCGGCGGCGAUUGUCUGGAGGAGGACGGGCGAGCGCGCCCCCUCCCUCGUGAAACUUAAGGCCGGGGAAGGCUGGGUGGCGGUCAAAUGGGGGCCCCUGGUGGUAAUCGGGGUCUACCUGAGGCCCAGCCUUUCUCGUGCCGAAGCGGAGGGGAGGUUGGAAGAACUCGAGGACUUGGUCCGGGAGUAUCUCCCCGGGCCAAUUCUGGUCGCCGGGGACUUCAACGCCAAGUCGGCGCUUUGGGGUUCCCGGCGGCCGGAUGUUAAGGGCGCGGACGUGGAGGCCUGGGCGGCGCGCCUGGGCCUCCACCUAGAGAACGUGGGCGACGUAAGCACAUGUGUAAGGCCGCAGGGGGAGUCAAUCGUCGAUCUGACGUGGACUUCCCCUGCGGCCGCGAGGAGGAUAUGUGGAUGGGAGGUGGUGGAGGGCCUAGAGCUGCUCUCUGACCAUCUCCCCAUCCGCAUAGACUUCUCCUGGGAGGACAGGAGGAGGGAACCCCAGGAGAAGGUUGUUAGGUGGAGGACGGAGAAGCUUGAUCCGGACAAGCUGAAGGAGUCCCUAAUAGCGGAGCUGUGGGCGCAGCCGAAUCCUGCGCCCACGGUUGAUGAGGAAGCCCAAUGGCUGCAGCGUACGCUGAUGAAGGCGUGCGACGCUGCCAUGCCGCGUGCGAAAUUCGUCGCCCGCAGGGCGGCCUACUGGUGGUCGGGGGAGAUAGAGGAGCUCCGGAAGUCCUCGGUGGCCGCCAGGAGAGCCGUCCUGCGGGCGAGAAGGAGGAGGAGAACCCUCCCGGAGGAGGAGGCGAACCUCGUGGAGGAGUACCGCCAAAGGAGAAAGGCGCUACGGGAUGCGAUUAGGACGGCCAAGGAGAGGGCGUGGGAGGAGCUGAUUAGCUCACUCAACGAGGAUCCAUGGGGGCGCCCCUACAAACUUGUCAUGAACAGGUUGAGUUCGGGGGCGCCUCCUACGGUGGAGACUCUAUCCCCACGCUUUCUCCAGGAGGUGGUCGAGACUCUGUUCCCGGCGGGGAACGACGGCGGUCCUCCUCCACGAGGCAUGGAAAACGGGGGGGAGCAUCAACAAUGGCGGGAAGAGCUGGGGGUCACCCGGACGGAGCUGGCGCGAGCUGCUAAAAAGCUCAAGAGGGGUAAAGCGCCGGGUCCGGACGGGGUCCCCGGCAUAGUGCUGAAGGCGGCCCUGGGGGAGCUCUCCGGCAGGCUGGAGGGGUUGUACACCCGAUGUCUGGCGGAGGGCGUCUUCCCGGGGCCAUGGAAGAAGGCCAGGUUGGUGCUCCUCCCCAAAGAGGGCAAGCCCCCGGACGAACCCGGGAGCUUCAGGCCGAUCUGCCUCUUGGACGAGGCCGGGAAACUUCUCGAGCGCGUAGUGGCGUCCCGAUUGAUGGGAGCCAUCGAGAACACCGGGCCCGGCCUGUCCGAGAGGCAGUUCGGCUUCAGGGAGGGGCGCUCGACCGUGGACGCGAUAGUCCACGUGCGCGAGAUGGCGAGUGCGAUGAUGGGGGAUGGAGGGGUUGUGCUGGCGGUCGCCCUAGACGUGGCGAACGCCUUCAACUCCAUCCCCCAUCGAGAGAUCGUGACCGGCCUGGAGAAGUUGGAGGUCCCCGGUUAUCUGCGCGUGAUAAUCGGGGACUACCUCCGGGACCGGUCAAUAGUCUGUGUAGACCGCGAGGGAGACUCCAGAACGUGGAGGGCGGACCGCGGCGUCCCGCAGGGGUCGGUCCUGGGACCACUCCUGUGGGACGUUGCGUACGACGGCGUAUUGCGCGCGGCGCUCCCCGCCGGCUGCACGUGCGUGUGUUAUGCAGACGACACGCUGGUGCUAGCCGGCGGGGAGGAUUGGGGGGAGGCCAUCGCCAGGGGCAACCUGGCGGUGGCCUGUGCCGUGAGGGCGAUCAGGGCACUAGGGCUAAGGGUGGCGGCCAAAAAGACCGAGGCCGUCUUUUUUCAUGACGGCUCGGCCAGACCGCCGCCCGAAGCUAGC